UAGUAACUGUGUGGUGGGGAGAUACUUGAGCCUAUGGAAGUACCUCGCUUCUGACCAUACUAAUUAGCCUCUCCCUAAUUUUAGCAUCCACAAGUGAGUGUUUUCUGAAACAAUGAUGGAUGUCAUGGUUGCUGAAUGGGGAUUUUUCCACGUCUGUUAUUCCUUCUACAUUGAUUAGUUGGAAUUCUUCUGUAAGAAAGAACCUCCUGGUUUUUCUGUUUAUUCAGUUAUUUAUGUCAGUAUAGAUACUAUAUUUUUAUUCCAUAGGUUUGUGUUUAUAAUCCUUUGCUAUUGUCUCUUGUUGCUCUGAUUGUCCAGAUUUGGGCAUUAGGAGCCCCUUCAAGUGGGUUUGGCUUCCGUGUCCCCAACCUUUUUGAGCACUUCCUUGCUUUCUGGCACCACAAGAUGCUCCAGGCUCACCCUGUGGUUUCCUCGACCCAGCCGAGAAUCAGCCAUUCUCUAAGGAGUGCUGGUUCCUUUUAGUGUAGAAGGUGGUGUUUAGAAAGCAAAUGUGGGUGCAGGUAUGCUCAUUGCUACUGGAGUGUCUUUGCUUUUUGGCUUUCUCAGUGAGCAGAGCUAGGAAAUGUGUAUUUGUGUACAGCACAUACAUUGGUAUGCGUUUCUAGAUCUGCAUAUCCGUGUAUGUAUCUUAAAAACUGUUUACAGAGUUUGUAUAGAGAGAGAGAGAGAAAGAGAGACAGUUUAUAGUGACGCCUGCAAUUCCAAUCUAUUACCACAGGGUUCAGUCUAGAGUGCUUUUCCUCUCGGAAUCUGGCUCCCAUUUUCCUCAAUAUAUUGACUUAUUGCUCAAUCCUGGACUACGCAUACAGUAGUCUCAGAAUUGCCAAUCCACCUUUCUGUGAAAAGCUAAUCUACCAACUAGACUACAGUAUUUGCAUGCAGUUGUUUUGUUUUUAUCCUUGGAAUAUAUAGUCAAAAUGCUGUUUGACGGAGUUGCUUUAGUGCAUUUGUGUUAUUCAUUUGUAAUAAGUUAGGUUCACUUGUUUCUGCUUAUAUUUCGUUUUGUCUUUGUUGAUUUUCAGUUUCCGUAUGUGGAAGAAACAUUUCUGUGGUUGUGAAAGUCAGCAGAGUCUAAGCUCUUAACUACAAGACUAUUCAACUUCUCUUCCAUUUCAUUUCUCAUUUACUCCCUUUCUCUGGGGCGGGGGAAGGGGAUUUGGUGGAUGUAAACUCAAAUACAAAGGCACUGCAGGCCCUCCCUGGAGAGGCGCCCUCAGCCCAGCAGGUGCCAGUGCUGGGACUGUGAUCUCUCUGCUCAGCUCUCUCACUUCAGGUUUCACAAAUGGUUGUGGAUCCUGCUUGACAGUCAAUGAAGUAUGGAAAAGAGCCUUGGGGCCAUGGCCUGUCAUUUUCACUCCCUAGCCCUGCAUGAAGGUGACGUGGCUGAGUUUAGCUCUCACGGCUUGCAGAGGGAUUCCAGAGGGUGCCAGCAUCGAGUUCCCUGUCCUGAGUGCAGAGCAGAUGAGCCGCCUCUGGACUUUCCUUCAAGUCCCAUGAAAAUAUUUUGUAAAUACAGCUCAUUAAAUAUAUUUGCAGAGCAGCAACAAGACAACGUUCCUGACCGAGGUAGAUUUAGGUUCCUGUUCAUUGGAGUGAUGGGGUUCGUCCUCCUAGUGGCGAGUGGAAAGCCAAACGUAUCUGGGGCUGCAUCCUUCCGGGGAAGGAGAUGAAAAGAAACGCCCCCCUUUUGAUGUCCCUCUGACCAGCUGGUGUGCCUAAUUGGCUUGUUCGUUAGCGUCUAGUGACUGACUUUUAGUCUGUACGGAUGGUCCUGUUGUGUAACUUUUGGAGUCUGCGACCGCUUUUGUUUUAUGGAGGUCAUGCGAUGCUUUUCCAAUUAAGUACUUGUGAAAUGUUUAUUCUGAAACAGAUUGCUCCCUAUUUGUGGUCAGCCGAGCAGAAGUGUGAUUAAUUUCGCUGUCACCUCUGCUGAUCCGGGGACCUUUGGAUUCGCCUCUGACUGUGCCAUGUUUUACUCUGAUAAUCUGGUCGUCUUGGCGAGGGCUGAGAUGGGGGUGGGCAGAGUCAUCCUCACCUGCUCCUUCCCUGUCUGUCUGGGGUGUGGUCACUGCAGCCAGCUGCUGGAGAGAUGGGGGUGCCAGCAGGGCAAGGCCAGCCCAUCUGCAGAGCCCACUGUGUUUGGGAAGUUCUUUCUCUUCCACGUCGCUCCUUUCAUACUUCCUUGGGACUCAUCCUUCGUCUGGAAGUCCUUCCUCUAACCAGGAUGCCGGCUGUUGAGGGUCAUCCUUGCAGCUCUGGCAGUCUUUGGCCCUGUUGUGAUUUGUGGAGAGAUCACUGGGAGUCCGUCACGAGGUGGAAGCGAUGUCUUUGGAGGCUCUUUCUUACUGCGCUCUGCAUGUGGAGCAUCCCACCCUGGGCAUCGCUCCCUUUGCCUCGGAGGAGGCUGGGGCCUGUGCUCAGGGUGAGGCCUGGGCGAGUGAGGGCGAGUGACACACUCCCCUGUGUCGUUGCCGGCAUCAUCUUCACGCCAGGGGCACAUUCAGACUAAUUGGUGGCUGAGGUGGUCUUCCAGGUGGGGCCUCUGCUGCCGGUGUCUGUUAGGGCCUGCAAGCUGCCAGUUUUCCGUGUGUGGGACACCUUGGCUUUCACAAGGAGUUGUUUCCUUCUUCCCAGGACCCGGGGAUUUCCAAGUGCUUUUCAGGCCUGGUAGGUAGACAUCUUCCUUAGAUACAGAAAGAGUUGGAAAGCUCAGUAUUUUCCAAAUGAGAAAAUCAAAGUGAUGAGAUCACCUAGCGCACUCCUGGCCCUUCCCCUGCCGGGGCAGCAGGUCUUCUGACCCCACGGAUCCUCCUAGAAGACUGUGAAUGCCGUGGGCAGAGCUGAGUUGACAGGGGUCCCUUGUCUCCCUGGAGAUCUCUACAGUUUCCCCGGAAGUUUCCUGUGGUCCCUCCUGAAAACCGGAUGCUUCCUGGGGACAUCUGCUGGCUGACAGACAGAUUGGAUGGGAUUUUGAGUGUGUGACGUUAAAGCUGUUUGAUCUCAGCCUCGGGGCUCUUAGGAUCGUCCUCUGGUGAGGUUUAUGCAGAAGCAGGGCAGUCUGUUUUGUGACGAGGUAAGAAGGAAAGGAGCAUGCAGCAAUCGGGGGUUUACCUUUGGGGUCCUGAGUGCAGUGGACUCUGGGGUACACGGUAGAAGCUGGUUUCUCUCUGGGGAGCGGCUAGACAUCCAGAGGGAGCUGUGGUGGGCCACGAGGGCCAGGCCCCGUCUUAUGGGUCUUUGUUACUGUUCCAAACAGGUUGAACUUCAUCUUGCUAAUGGUUGGGAACCACGGGCACAGUAUCACGUGAUCAGAUGUCCGUACUAGAGGAGCAACUCCCGUGGGUGGCUGUGUGACCGAUGCAUUUAAGAGAUGUACCUGGUGGCAGGGUGCCUGCACAGGACAGGGCACUAAUGAGCGGUGCUCAGAGGAGGGGAGGCCACUGACCCCGCAGAUGUUCGUGUGCUCUCUGUAGAGAACCAUAGAGAGGACUCGCGGGCACUUAGUCUAAGAUCACAGCAGCAUCGGCAUCGUUUAAUGUUGUGUGCUUGCUCAAAUCCUGAUUCUUGCCCUGUGAGUGUGUGCAGGCAUGUGGGUUGCCCGUUUGUGUGUCGGUUUCUGUUGAUGAGACUGUCAGGCCCCGGAACUCACUAGGCUCACUAGGCCUUGCACCAGCUCCUCACGCACGCAGCUCUGCCGGUGGUCGGCUGAGUUUGUGCAUGGGGGCUGGGGCAGCCAUUAGAUGUCCAGUUAGUGUGGGUGGACCCUGACUGUGGAGGUCGCUGUGUGGCCUCGUUAUUGCACACCGGGGCUUUCCCUGAGCUUUGUGGCCAGCCUGACCUGACGUAAUCCUGGUUUCCCAGUGGUCCCAGGCGCCCUGAAGUCAGCGCAGGGGGCCCAGGUAGAGCAGGACGCGUGAACCUCCUGAAGACUAGGCAGAGCCCCUUCCUGCCCCUCCCUCUGGGCCGGGGCCUCCCGCCCCCGUCCAUGUGUCCAGAGCAGCCCCAUGCCGCCCCCAGCCACUCUUGAUGUGGGGAGUCACCUCCUCUGCCCUUUUGUUCCCAUGCUUCUGUCUUGUCCCAGCAAGGAUGUCAGCCCGGCAGUGCAGGGACCUCAGCUGUCUGUCCUUAGCAGGCAGAACAGCACUUACCUCUAGUGAGUGCUAAAGAAAUACUUGUGAAAUGAGUAAAUGAGUGAAUUUAGGAAUUCUUACUGUGUCUGUGAGGAUUACAUUACCUAGAAUCGCAUUUCCUGGUUAAGAUGACCAGCACUAUAACAGAAUAUAAGGGUUUGCUCACGAGUGAAGCAAACACUUGUCAGCUUCUGUGUGCCAGGGAUUAGGGGAGAGAACAGGGUCUGAGGUGACCUCAGGACACACUUAGGGGGCUCCUUGACCGUCUGCUUGGGAAAAUACUUGGCAACUGACUGAAUUUGAAGCCAGUAACUCCCAUUUUUACUGAAUUCCAAGCUUUUAAAGUCGAUGCCCUCAGUUUCUCUGUAAUUCAUUGAUGCAUCCAUGGACACACUUAAAGAUCAAGUUAUCGUAGAUCAGGGUGACUGAGCUAAAGAGCGAGGGCUGGCGAUGAGAGGGUGGGGUGCUGGGCGUUCUCAGAGAAGGGCAUCAUUCCCACACCGCCGUCUGACCCCCGGGUGGUGACGGGCUCUCAGCACAGCCUGCGCCCCUCUGGACCUGUUGUGUGGGCAACCCAGCGCCCACGGCCUUGGGCCAAUUUGCAUCUCUUAAUCCUUGGAGGCCCCCCUGAGCAGUUUUGCGUGUCAGAAUCCACCCCUUCUCUGCCAGGUGACAAGACUGGGACAGUGAUGAUGAUGUCUCUAGCUUGCCCUGGCGAGGAGCAGCCCUCCCCAGCCCCCUCCCCACUGCCCCACCCCCCUGUGGCCCGUCCUCAGCAGACACAUGGGGAAUAAGAGGUUUUUAGACACUUGUUAGCAGUUUCACAAAGUAUUUUUAUGCUGUUGAAUCUAAUAAUUAGAAAAUUGGACUUGUAUGUGUUUGGGUCUUUAUUUCAUUUUUUCUUAGCACUUUAUUUUAUUGUGUUUUCCAAAAAUGUCAGCCCAUGAUGGAUUGGAAAGAAGAGAGCAAAGGAAGCUGCUCCUGGGUAGUGAAUCUCCAGGAGACUGAGUUCUGGCUGCAGAGGAGGAGCCUGGGGUGGGAAGGGGCUUGGCUCUCAAGGGCCGCCCGCUGUCCAGGUCUAGCUCAGCUACUUAGCAGUCUUAGUUUUCUCAUCUGCAGAAUGGGGAGAGCGCCUCAUAUAUCUUGUAAGGAACCGAGCUUGUAGGUAGCAGUGUUUCCUCUGGUUCCUUCCUCUUCAUCCUGCAGGAUCCUGGCUUUACUGCCUGUCCCCUCUGCUGUCAGCUGCUGCAAUGCUGCCGCUGCCCUCGGAGCAGGCCCUGGAGGAGCUGCUGGUUCGCAAGGAGGAGGAGUGGAGAGCACUGCAGGCCCAGCGCUCCCAACUGCAGGAGGCAGCUGUGCAGGAGGUGCAGAGCCGGCUGGAGGAGGCACAAGGGAAGCUGCAGCGCCUGCAGGAGGACUUUGUCUACAACUUGCAGGUGCUGGAGGAGCGGGACCGCGAGCUGGAGCGCUAUGACGCUGCGUUCGCCCAGGCCCGAGGGCUGGAGGAGGCCAGGCAGGCCGAGGUGAGCGAGCUGAAGAUCGAGGUGGCCAAGUUGAGGCAGGCGCUUGCGACUGAGGCCAGGAGGCUGGAGGACGCGCAGCAGCAGUACCAGCUGAGGUUGCAGGAACAUCGCCUGGAGCUGGAGCGGGUCCACAGUGACAAGAACAGUGAGAUUGACCAUCAGCGGGAACAGUAUGAAAACCUGAAAUGGAAGCUGGAGAGAAGGCUCGAGGAGCUUGAUGGUGAACUUGCUCUGCAGAGGCAGGAGCUGCUGCUGGAGUUUGAAUGCGAAACGCAAAAGAGGGAGCAUGAAUUCCGCCUGCGCGCCGAUGGCAUGAGCAACUUGGUCUUAAUGCACGAGCUCAAGGUUAAACUAUUGAACAAAGAGCUUGUGGCUCUGAAAGAAGCUGGAGCAAAGGCUGCAGAGUCUCUACAGAGUGCCGAGAUGGCCAGCUCGGAGCUGGAGCGAAGGCUGCAGUGCAGAGACCAAGAGCUCAGGGAGCUUGCCGCAGUGAGGGAUGCCCGGAUUGAAGACUUAGAGGGUAAACUUUGCUCUGUGCAGCUGACCAGGAAAAAAGAGGAGGAGAUGUUUAGGAGGAAGCACGAGGAGCUCGACCGUCUGGCCAGGGAAAGGGAUGAGGUGCUGGCAGCGGUAAAGGACGCCCACGUGGAGCAGCUGCGGGUGCUGGAGUCCAGGGCUCUGGAGCUGCAGGCCCACUGCGAGACCCUCGAACUGCAGCUCCACAGGGCCGAACAGAGGCAGGCGGACGCCUUGAAGGAGAAGGAUGCCGUCAUUGACAGACUCCGGGAAGACACGGCAGCUCUGAAAUCUGGCUGGGAUGCCCAGAUCGCUCAACUCUCCAAGGAGAUGAUCGCCAAAGACCUUCAGGCUCAGUCGCUGCAGGGAGAAGAGGGGACACUCCAGGCACAGCUAGCCAGAUGCCAGCAGGACAUCGGAAGGUAUAAACAGCAGCUGUGUCUGGCAGCAGAAAGGGAGCAGAGCCUGGAGCGUGAGAAGGUACAGCUGGAGCUGGACUGGCAACGUCGUUGUGAGGGCCUUGAGAGGGACCAGUUUCAGAGGUCCGAGGAUCUGAUUCGGGCUCUGACCAUGGCUAAAGAGCAGGUUGCUGCCAAGCUCCAGGAGACAGAGCGAACACUGUGCGACCAGGAGGUGGUGCUGAAGGCCCUGACCCUAGAACGAGACCAGGCGGUGCAGGCACUGAGGACACGCGGGCCCCUCCCUGGGAAGGAGGUGCAGAUGCUUCCAAGCCAUCAUGAAGGAGAAAUAAGUAAAAGUUUUCCAUCUAGUGAGAUCCAGCGGCUACAAGAGCAGAACACAAGCUUGCGAAACACUAUUGCACAAAUGAGGAAAGAAAUGGAAACUCUAAGUGAUCAAAUUCUUCCCUCUGCGCAGUCAGGAAGAGAGACCUCAAAUACAAGCCUGCCUGAUUCAAAGACAGCAGCUGAUGCCCCCACCCCUGAUUAUGUUCUGGCCCUGGAAGCAGAAAUACGAACUCUGAAGCACAAAUUUAAAACCCUGGAAGAACAACUAGAAGUGUUAGAUCCUUCAAAGAAGUCCACAUCUUAUCCUGAUGUUCAACCUAGUGUCCAUAGCUCAACAGAAACCGCUGGAGGAACCAUGCUAGCUGACGGUGCAUCCUUGGGAUUGUUGCUCCAGAGGCUUGGAGACAGGGCACAUCUCUUGAACUUCCUGGUGACCCGGAUCAGACAGAAGGUGCUGCAGAAAGCCCUGGACGUGGACACUGUCCAGCGAGAGCUUCCCCACGAGGUGGACCAAGUGCACCUGGAGGUUUUGGAGCUUCGGAAGCAGGUGGCUGAGCUUGAGGAGCGUCUCGGGACAGCCUGGAAGGAAGGCAGGGUAGUUUCAAGCAGGCAGCAGCUGCGAGCUCCUGACUCCACGGCCCUUAGGAGAGAGGACCCUGCAGAUGGAGCAUCCUUGGGGACAGUGGAGCAGGGGACGUUCUCUGUGCACCUGGGCCCGGAGGCACAGCCCACACAGGCCUUGUCUGUGCCCCGACUCCAGAGGAAACUAAAGGAGGCUGCCCGAAAAAUCCUGCACCUCCGCCUGGAGAAGGAGCAGCUCCUGGAGAUGGGGAACAGGCUCCGCGCGGAGCUGGGCCGCCCCACAGGGAAACUGUCUGGUCGCUCCCCUCCCACCCCUGGAGCCCAGAAGCCGGGUGAGGCGCCUGAGGCACCUUUGGGCCACUUGCAGCCCCACUUCCCAACUCAGGAUUCUCAGGAUGCCAAGAAAGAACGUUUCUCCGAAUGCUCGGGAAAGAUCCAACCCUGCUCGGCACAGAUAGUCCGCAGAAACGAGACUCCAUGUGGCUCUGAGGCAGGAGUGGCCGUGGGGCCAGGACAGAAGCAACACAAAAGCUCCACGAUGCCUUGCAAAUCAACUCGUCAGAAAGAAGGCCGGUCCUCAAAGUCACUCCCAGCUCAAGAAUUCCGGGAGGAAAAUGGCCACCACACCCAGAGAUCCUCAUCACUUGCCAGCAGUUCCCUGCAGGACGCUUGGAAGUUCCUCGACCUGGGAUCCAGCCCUUCUGGCCUCACCUCCCAGGAGGACUGCACUCAAGCAGCCGACAGCCUCCAACACUCUGACAGGAGCCCCAUCGAGACGUGGGCAGCCUUUGCUGUCAAAGGGAUGAAGAUGGAAGCCCAAGAAAAGGCCAGGCCCACCAGGCCCGCCCGGGCUCACCCUGCAAAACCUAAAGGCUGCCAGUGGCCCCCCAAGAUCCGGAACUACAACUUCAAGGACUGA